UCUCGAUUCUUCGAACUCCCCCCUUUCUGCCAGACAAGGCUCACUCAUGAUGAUUCGCGACAUAUGACCUAGCCCCGACUCCGCAAACGACAGCUCGAGCAGGAGACCCAUUGCUGCCAUGUCCUCUUCCCCGACCUCCGCAUCUGCACGCGCCGAGCAGACUUCAAAUGGCAAGCCGGUUGGAGGGGAGCAACAUGUUGAACUGGAAAUACUGAGUUCAGGAAAGCCCAGUAUGCCUAUCGAGGAAGACAUAAUGCAGCUGGCACGGCUGGGUGAAAUUGGGGCGAUCCAGAAAUUAUUCGACAGCGGGAAGUUUGAUGCCAACUAUGCUGAUGAGCAAGGUAUUACGCUGCUACACUGGGCUGCUAUCAAUAACCACUACGCUCUAUGUCACUUCCUCAUCCAAAACGGCGCGAACGUGAAUGCGAAAGGUGGCGAUGCUAUGGCUACAGCAGUGUUGUGGGCUGCGAAGAGAUGCCAUUACUACGUGGUUCACCUUCUUCUACAACAUGGUGCCGACCCUCUCCUCACCGAUGACCAAGGCUUCAACCUCCUACACUCUGCGACCCUCGAUGGCAACGUCUUCCAGCUUGUCCUACUUCUCCAUCAAGAUAUUCCUGUGGAUAUCCCUGACGCACAGGCGCAUACCUCGUUGAUGUGGGCGGCGUACAAAGGCUUCCCUUCCUGUGUAGACUUGUUUCUACGCUGGGGCGCGAACGUGUACGCAAAGGACGACCAAGGAUUCACCGCAUUACACUGGGCACUUGUGAAGGGAUCGCAAGGAUCUAUGCAAAAGUUGAUCGAAUACGGAUCGGACAGAUUUGCAAAGAACAACGACGGAAAGACACCGGCCACGACGGCCUCGGAAAUGAACACACAGCGGCAGUGGUAUCGAGCGCUGUCAGAAUGCGGAUACAAUAAGGAUGGGACUACUAAGGAAUUUCCGCUCUCCUUCAUGGUCAAGGAUGUCAAGACCUUCCUCAACCGGGCCACGUUCUUAUUACCGUUCCCCAUGAUCCUCGGUAGCAUGUAUGCCCUGAGCCACAUGGUUAUAUACUUUGCCGUUCCUACUGCUCUAGCCAUCGUCUUCGGGCUGCAAUGGAUAGGACAGUACUCCCUUCGGUGGGCGCCGUCAAACAUGAAGAACAUCGGACAUACGCCAUUCAUGGCAGGCAUUUUUACAGCCUCAAUGUUCUGGGUUGGUGUUCGUUGGUUAACCACACUCCUACCUUGGACUUUCAUAACCAACCCGUUUUUGAAUGUAUUCUUCGUCACCUUCUAUGGACUCUCGGGAUACUUCUACUUCAUGAGCAUGAACGAAGAUCCCGGCUUUGUGCCAAAGUCAGGAAGUCGCAGUGGGCAAAAAGCUGUCAUUGACGAGCUCGUGGAAUUGCGCCAAUUUGACGAGCAUCAUUUCUGCGUCAAUUGCAUGGUUCGCAAACCUCUCCGGAGUCGGCAUUGCAAGAGAUGCAAUCGAUGUGUCGCGAAGUCAGAUCACCAUUGCCCGUGGGUGAACAACUGCGUUGCGAAUAACAACCAUCGCCAUUUCUUUCUUUACGUUCUCACCCUAGAAAUUGGCCUCAUCUUCCUAAUGCAGCUGGUCUUGGCCUACCUCUCCAUCAUUCCAACGCCAAAGGAUGUUACCUGCAACGUCCUAUCCGACGACCUAUGUAAAAUCCUACACAAAGAUCCCUAUACCAUCGACCUCUCUCUCUGGUGCGCAGCCCAAUCGAUAUGGGUAACGAUGCUUGUUGUCGUCCAACUCCUACAGAUCGCCCGCGCCUUGACGACCUUCGAAAGCAUGCGCGGCCAUCUUAAUAGCCACACCCCCGGCGAAGCCCUCACCUCCUUUGUCACCACAGGCACCACUUCCCAAGAGGUCACCGGCGCCUCCAAUGGCUUCGGUUCUGGCCAGGACAUCGGCGACGUGCCUCGUCGGCCUCACCAGCACCACUCCGUCUGGAACCAAUGGAAACGACUUCUUGGCCUCGACACAUUCUUCGCCACCGCCUUCCGCGGCUCGCAGGCCAACCAGGCCCGCUCACGCGGGAACCCCUUUUCCCAUGGCAUCAUCAGGAACUGCAAGGACUUUUUUUGCGACGGGUCGCCAAUUUUCGGGUUUAAGGAGAAUGGGUCAGCCAGGCUGGGAGGUGAGAGGGUCGAUUACACGAGGCUGUAUGAGCCGCCACCGCGAAUGACGAUGCGUAGGUCGGAAGGCAAUAGAGCAGCUUAUGCGGCGGUGGAUACGGAUGACACCGUUUGAGCCUCAUGAUGCAUGUAUAUCCUUAGCGUUAUUGUUUCAUUUGGGCACCGGAUAAGGGUUUAGCAGGCGGGACGAUGGUGUGUUGCUUGGGAUGCAUCAAACGACCUGGGCGAUCACUCGACUGUUAGCAUAGCGAAAGAAACGUAAUCUUUACACCUCAAGAUUUUGGACUGAUGUUUGGUGCUGAGCUUCUGGAAAAGUGCUUUAUAUUCGUAAUAAAUACAAGUAAGAAG